CCCGGAGCGCGCACCGCCCAAUCCCCGACUCCGCCCCUGAGGGAUCUCCCACCGCAACAAGGACGACGACCACGCCGCGGCGCACCGCCGCCGCGCCGGCCGGAACGCAUCAAGAUGGAGCUGUUCGAGCGCGCGAGGACGGUGCGGCUGCGGAGCCACCACGACAAGUACCUGUACGCGGACGAGGACGAGGCGCACGUGGUCCAGGACCGGAACGCGGCGUCCCCGAACGCGCGGUGGGUGGUGGAGCGCGUCCCGCACGCCCCCGGCGUGCUCCGCCUCCGCGGCCGCUACGGCCGCUACCUCUCCGCCUCCAACGAGCCUUUCCUCCUGGGCUUCACGGGGCGGAAGGUGCUGCAGACGCUGCCGCACCGCCUCGACUCCUCCGUCGAGUGGGUGCCCGUCCGCGACGACGCCGGCGCCAACGCGCACGCCCGCGCCGCGCGCCUCCGCACCCGGUACGGCAACUUCCUCCGCGCCAACGCCGGGCUCCCGCCGUGGCGGAACUCCGUCACCCACGACGCCCCGCACAGGCACGCCGCGUGGGUGGUCUGGGACGUCGAGAUCGUCCAGGCGCUCCCGCCGCCGACGGGACCCGACUCCGCCGAGACCGUCGACGCCGCCGACGCCGCCUCACCGACGCCGUCGUACAGCAACAACAAACCGCCCUCCCGCCCGCAGUCUCCGGCUCCCUUGCCGACGUCGGCGCUGAGACGGCCGCCGCCCCCGCCGGCGCACCACCGUGAAGAGAACAUGGCUCCGUUCAGAGCGCAGCCCCCGCCGCCGCCUCCGGGCUACAUCGCGCCACCCGCGCCCGGCCUGUACAGGCUCGAGUCGACGGAGUCGUCCUCGGUGCCGCUGCACAAGGUGGAGGGGCGAGCGGUGCACUACCAGAUCGGGGACAGCGACGGGGAGGUGAGGCCGGACGAGGAGGCGCAGUACCUGACGUUCAACGGGACGAGCCUGGAGGAGCUGCUGGAGAGGCUCAAGGAGGAGACGGGGCUCCACGACGUCAUCAUGUGCUCGCGGAGCCCCAUCAACGGGAAGCUCCUGCCGCUCCGACUGCAGCUGCCGCCCAACAACGCCGCCGUGCAUAUCGUGCUUGUGCACCAGUCGUCCAAAGUGGCAAAAAGUUUUGCUUGAUCAAUUGACCAUCCCGUCACAAAAUCAUCUGAUCGAAGAUGGUGGAAGCAACGUCUUGUGUAUGAAAUGCAGAAUUGGUCUCACCUAAUGUGUAUAUAUUAACUUUCUGAUUAAACCGGUUCCAGUGGCUAACAAAACCAAGUGUACUUCUUCUGCCUCUAGCGGUUCUCAUUCAUCAUCUCGUAUUUUCUUUGUCUGUAGAUGUGUGCUAUCUAAUUCUCAAGAUUCAUAGUGAUGUUUGUAGCAAGACCCUUGAAAUUUUCCAUGCUAUUUAUUUUCUGAGUUCUUGAAAGGAUUCUUGAAAGUUUCUAUACAUUGUUUCCCUGAA